AAGCAGGAGGGCAGUCAUGCCCACAGUGCUCGUGGCUUCUAUCAACUCAAUGCCGCCGCUGCCUUGCAAAAUCAUCUAGUGCUUCGCCAUCUUGCUGUCGUUGCAGUCUACAGCUUUGCACUGUACUGGAGUUGUAUUUCUGGAGGAAUUGCCCCGGCUGAGGUAGACAAUGCAGCUAUACCAUUAUCGUUAUGAGUGAAGGGAGCCAAGCUGUCGGCAGUGACGCUGUGUUACCUGAGGGGCCAGUAGGAGGGGUCCCACAAGCUAAGCCACUUCACAUCCAGCGAUUAGAGCAAGCAGUACGCAUUGAGCCUUAUUUGAAUUAUGUUGAGAAACUUCUGACUGCCUCGACACCUGAGCACAGUGAGGAGGAGCUAUUUAAAGAAGAGAUUGGGCGUGAUGCUGUCUUACCUGAUGACGAAGCCCUUCAAGAAGAUAGCAUCCGAGACAAAGAUAUCAAAGUAGUUAAUGGUCUGACCACAUCGAGGGCAGAGAGGAAGGCAGAUCGGAGACGAUUGUACAAUAUAUCCAAAAUUAAGAAGAGCAGAAGGUGGUUGAAGAAUAUUCUGCUUAGCGAUUCAUCGGAGUCGUCCGGAGGGGAGGACGAGGAGGACAAAGCCUUUACACAAGAGGAGCUAAAGGAGAUGAUACAGCUCCAUCGCUACAAACGUCAGUGUCAAAGCAAAUUCUAUACUGAGGGAGAGCUUCAGCAGUAUCAGUACUAUAGCACCGGACUCUUAUCCAGCUACGAUAACUUCCUGGACCACAAGAAACAAGUCUUAGGUCCCAAACAGAACAAGGAGAAGGAACUGAAAAAGGAGAAAGUUUCUCCUCCACAAAGUAUCAUUAAAAUGCCAGAGGAACAACCUGAACCAGAGAAAUUAAAGAAGGCUAAUCCCAAACCAAGAAAGAAAGUGGAGGUCUUGGAGAAACAAGAGCCACAGAUGCAGGUGGCACCACCUGUUGUGGCCAAUGUCAGGACAUCCAUCGCUCACUUCCAAGAUGCCCUGAACCAUAAGAAGUUAAUGGCAAUCAAGGAUGUGGAGGCAAGACGUAGGAGGGUGUGGCAUGCCAUCGUCCGCAAGGAUAUCCCAAAGGCACAGAAACACAGGACAUCUGUUCAUAACAACAUCCUGACCAAUGCACGUAAGCUGGCCCAGGGGUGUCAGAAGGAGCAGCGGCGUUCGGCGAUAGCCUCCCAACGCAUCUGCAAAGAGACGCCUCACCGUGCCCGGCGUAUGACGCGAGAGAUGACCGCCUACUGGCGUCACUACGACAAGGUGGAGCGGGAACAUCGGAAGAAGGCAGAGAAGGAAGCCCAGGAGCAAAGACGUCUUGAUGAUGAGAUAAGAGAGGCCAAGAGACAGCAGCGCAAGCUGAACUUCUUGAUCACCCAGACGGAGCUCUACGCUCACUUCAUGAGUCGUAAGCUCACUGGGGAAGGGGAGGAGGAGAAAGAGCAGAUUCUGAGUAGGUUAGAGGACCACACCCCAAAACGCCACGUCCCUGUUCAUGGUGGGGUCUUGGUGGACGUAGAGGACGAUGACUAUGACUGCGACAUUGUCAAGCAGCAAGCAUUGUCCAACGUUUCCCUGGCUUACUCUACCCAUCAAGAGAAGCAGAGGAUCUUUGAUGCAGAUAUGCCUCUGCCAGAGACUAAUGCAUCACAGCAAGCAUUUGACAAUGAGUUCAGUCUGAGUGACCCGGCGAUGUUGAUGAAGUCUGAGAGACCCCAGCCUCAGAUGUUCAGAGGGCAACUGAAGAGCUACCAGUUGAAGGGGAUGAACUGGCUUGCUAACCUCUAUGACUGCAGUAUUAACGGCAUCCUUGCUGAUGAGAUGGGGUUAGGGAAGACUGUACAGAGCAUUGGCUUCUUGGCUCAUCUCGCUGAGACUCAAGGAAUCUGGGGUCCAUUUCUGAUUGUCGCUCCAGCAUCCACUCUACAUAACUGGCAGCAGGAGUGUGCUCGCUUCGUACCAAACUUUAAGGUUCUGCCUUACUGGGGUAACCCCCAAGAGCGUCGUAUCCUGCGUAAGUUCUGGAGUCAGCAUCUCCUUCAUACAGUGGACAGUGAGUUCCACAUCCUCAUCACCAGCUACCAGCUUGUCAUCCAAGACAUUAAAUACUUCCAGCGUAUCAAGUGGCAUUACAUGAUCCUUGAUGAGGCACAGGCUAUCAAGAGCAGCUCCAGUGUAAGGUGGAAGUUACUCCUCCAGUUCAGCUGUCGGAACAGACUUCUCCUCACAGGCACACCGAUUCAGAACAGCAUGGCAGAGCUGUGGGCAUUGCUUCAUUUCAUCAUGCCGACACUAUUUGACAGCCACGAUGAGUUCAAUGAAUGGUUUUCAAAGGAUAUUGAAAGUCAUGCAGAGAAGCAGUCUGGCAUUAAUGAAGAACAACUGUCAAGACUACAUAUGAUUCUGAAGCCUUUCAUGUUACGUCGUAUCAAGAGGGAUGUGGAGAAUGAACUCUCUGAUAAGAUUGAGAUCCUUGUGUAUUGUCACCUGACGACCAGACAGCGUCUCUUCUAUAAAGCUUUAAGAAAUAAGAUCUCCAUUGAGGAUCUCUUACAAUCCUCGUAUAACUCCUCAUCCUCUUCAGCCUCUUCAUCAGCGUCUCCAUCCUCACAGACUUCAGCAAGUAGCCUCAUGAACCUGGUUAUGCAGUUCAGAAAGGUGUGUAACCACCCUGAGCUGUUUGAGAGACGGGAUACUAGAUCGCCAUUUUUCUGUCAGCUUGAUCCUCCAGUGUACAUAAUGCCUAGACUGCUGCAUCAUCAGGGAUUGGUGGAUCGAGUAGACACUACAAGAAACAAAAUUCUUCGCAGCACCCUGUCUAUCUUCUCACCGGAUUACAUCCACCAUUCCCUGUCUCCGUCCGCCUCCGGUCGUCCCCGGAGUUCCUGCUUUUCCUUCUCGCGGUUCAUAGACGUGUCAGCGGCUGAACUUCACGCCCAGACCGUGAUGGGGCUGAUGUCACGUUGGCUGGCCCUCUUCCUCAUCAUGAAGGCGGCCUACAGGAUCCACCACGGGAACCAGUGGGAAGGAAAGGAGCUCGGGACUAGUGUAGAACCAGAUUAUAGGAAUCUUGGGAGACGUAGUCUGCUUCUCUGGCCCUCCUGGGUCACCAGUCGACCCAACAUCACCGGCAGCUUACCGCUUCAGGAUCUCAUCUUCACCAGUCGUACCUCCACCCUCAUCUCUCAUGUGACUCACAACUUUUACUCCAUGCCGGAGUCGCCCUGGCAUCGGAGAAUCCGUCUCAGCAAAGAACAGGAUACAGACGAGGGGUCGCUGAAUGGGGACCGGUCGCCGAGUAGGGCGUCGCCGAGAAGUCCACGCAGUCCGAGGAGUCCUAGGAGUCCAGCUGUAGCGAGGAAGGCGAGACAACCUAGUGCCGGGGGUAUGUUGUCAGCUUCAGGUCACUUCUUAGCAAUGGUCUCUGAUCGACCCUGCGCCAUUAGAGAUUGCAGUCAGACCACUUUACCACCAUUCAUGUACAGAACCAUGCCCAAGGCGGUCGCUCCAGUAUUAGGUCACUACUGCAUUGACCGCCAGGCUGAAUACGACCGGAUCAAGGAGAGUCUUGGAGGGUCACUGGAGGCUUGGCUGUGUGUCAAUCAUGGAUCACCUGACCACUACCGACAGGGUCAGACGGGGGCGCUGUUUCCUGAACCUCUUGGGGGCAUGAGUGCCGUCCAGCCGUACCAUGGAUGGUCCAGAAUACAGAUACCAGAUAAGCAGUAUUUAGUCACAGACUCGGGGAAGUUGUACGUCUUAGAUGCCUUACUCAAGAGACUCAAGAGGCAGGGACAUCGAGUCCUCAUCUACUCUCAGAUGACUCGGAUGAUUGAUCUCCUGGAGGAGUACAUGUGGCAUAGAAAACACACCUACAUCAGACUAGACGGUUCGUCUAAGAUAUCGGACCGAAGAGAUAUGGUUGCUGAUUUCCAGAGCAGAUCGGAUAUCUUUGUCUUCCUGUUGAGUACGAGGGCCGGGGGUCUGGGGAUCAAUCUGACUGCUGCGGAUACGGUAAUCUUCUACGACAGUGACUGGAAUCCAACCGUAGACCAACAAGCCAUGGACAGGGCUCAUCGUCUCGGCCAGACCAAACAGGUUACUGUGUACCGGCUAAUAUGCAAGGGUACCAUCGAGGAGAAGAUCCUGCAACGAGCCAGGGAGAAAAGCGAGAUCCAGCGUAUGGUCAUCACCGGAGGACAGUUCAAACCAGAGCAGCUCAAGCCCAAGGAAGUCGUCUCUCUCCUACUGGACAAUGAGGAGAUUGAAAUGAAAUUUCAUGAACGACAGCGUGAGAAGAAGUUAACUGAAGAGCGCUAUCGAGCGAAGGAUCGAAAGAGGAAGAGGGACAAGUACGCUGAACUGAAGAAAGAUACCGACAAGAAACUGAAGGGAGAUGUGUUAGCCGCUCCCCUAGUAGGAGGACCACUGGUGUCCGACAGCACCAAUGUAUCCAUCGAUGGUGAAGACUCCAUGAUCAGUUUAGACUCUGGAGUUCCGAGUCCCCUCAGUGUGGUGAGUUGA